GGUAGCCAAAUCUCAUCUGCCACAUCUGAACUGGGCUUCCAGGUCUGACAGAGGUCUUACUGCCAUGAUUUAACCAAAGUGAGCAUGGUUUGUUUAAGACCAUUAGCGUGCACUUAAGCGCAGUUUUUCUCUACAAUAAUGCAAGUUAGAAAUGCAGUGGUUUAUAUGUGUAUAUGUGUGUGUAUAUAUAUAUACAUGUAUGUAUUAUAUAUUAUGUAUGAUAUAUGUUGAUACUAGGAAAAAAAUGGGUAUUAGGAACAACUUCUUCUUAGAAAGAGUGAACAGAAAGUAGGGAGGUGGGGCAGUCACUUUCCCUGGAGGUGGUGCAGAAAUGUGGAUAUGUGGUAUGGAGGGACAUGGUGAAUGGGCAUGGUGGGGUGGGCUGACGGUUGGACUCGAUCUUAGAGGUCUUUUCCAACCGGAAUGAUUCUACAUUAGUGUGCAUUUGGUUCUUUGAUGGAACAUCCUUGAGGGAUCAUCACCCUGUCUCUCUUGGAGCCAGCCAGCCUCCUAACACGACUGCGUGCAGUUUUGGGCACCACAGAACAAGAAGGACAUAAAACUGUUAGAGAGUUUGCAAAGGAGGUGAAGGUGGUGGUUCACGAAGAUGGUGAAGGGUCUAUAGAGGAAGACCUAUGAGGGGUGGCUGGUGGUGUGCUCAGCUCAGAGCAGAGCAGAUGAGGGGACGCCUGAUGGCGGCUGCAGCUCCUCACAGGGAGCAGAGGGCAGCGCUCAGCUCUCUCUGGCGACCAACAGCAGAACCCAAGAGGAUGGCAGGAAGCUGCAUCAGAGGAGGGUCGUGUUGGAUGUCAAAAAGGUUCUUCACCGGAGGGUGGUCAUGCGCAGGAACAGCCUCUCCAGCGCACUGGUCAUGGCACCGAGCUUGCCAGAGUUCGAGAAGCAUCUGGAUAACGCUCUCAGAGCACGCUCUGACUUUUGGAUGGUCCUGUGUGGUGCCGGCAUUCAGUCUGGAAGAUCCUUACGGGUCCCUUCCAACUCGGGAUGUUCUCUCGUUCUAUGGCUGCGCCUGCCCGCAGCACAGCCACAAGAUGGCGAUGUGCAGCCGCCGCCCGAGCGCAGCCCGCCCGAGCAGAACGCGCCCGCUCCCUCGGCAACGGCCCCACGCGCUUUCUACCCGCCGGGCGCGGCGGCCAUGAGGGCGGCCAACAGCCAGCAGCCGGCGGGGGCGGCCGAGGAGGCGGACAGCGAUGGCCGCAGCGAGACGGCGGGAGGCGGGCAGCCCCGGAAGAACUUUCUGUACGUUGAGCCAUGUAAGAGAGUUAAAGAGAUCCUUGAAGAAGAGCUCUGUUUUUGGAAAGAAGAAUGCCACAUUAGGCAUCCAACUGCAGCGGCUCUGAAAGGAAUUUGGAGUGUGAAAAAGAAUUUCUCCAUCGGAAGCCUGCAGCCAGCAUCGCAGAACAGAAAUGGCUUACUUUUACAACCUCAGUUCUACUCAAGGCAUGUAGGAAUGAAAAUUUUCUCUGUUGCAGAGUGAUUCUGAAUUCCAGCAGAAGAUCAUAACGUAGCUGAGGAAAUGCCUUAACUUUUCUUAACAUGCAUUAAGCUCAGCAAUUCCUGGGCCAAGAGUUUGUGAUUCAGUAAACAAGCUCGACUUAAUAAAAGUUUAACAUAAAUAA